AUGAUGACGUCUCAUCAAUUGUGUUCAUCAGGGAGUCAAACGACCCGUUUCAAGUGACUGUAACUCACAUCCCUCGCGCUCGUGGCGAAAUGUCUCCGCAGAACGUUCAAUCGAAGGGUUUGGCGGUAACCGCCUGGACAAUAUCCGAACAGGUGGACGAGGUACGAGGUAAACUUCAUCUCAAAGAGCGCGAUGCCAAAGCAUUCUACGAAAGUUCCGAAACCAAGAAGAUCGAAUUCGAACAACUGAUCGCGAAACUGCGAGGCGAAAACAAACUAAAGCGUAUAACUGUGUCUAAAAGCAUCAGUGGCGAUGGGAAGGUCAUACGGUCAGUGUUCCAGAACCGACGCAAAGAACUCCUUUCUAUGCAAAGAUAUACCGUGGCCGAAGCCAUAUGUACAAUGGACCUGAAAGUAUGCGAGGCGAGUAAACGAUUGAACGAUCUGCAGUACCAACGCAACCAGCGCGAGGUCCGUCUGAGUGAGUUACACGUCACAGCGAAACAGAUGAAGACGAUCACUAACACCGACUACAACAUAGACAGAGAGAAGGAGAUCCGUCGGCUACAGAAUGAGAUGGACAAGGCGCGAAUUAAAUACGAGGCGGCCCGCAACAUUUCACGCCGAUAUGAAGAGAUUAUGAUGCAUAUGCAAGAGGAGGUGCGGAAUUAUCCUGCCCGACUUGAUUUACUGGAGCAAAUUGUCGGGGACGCUUCUUCAGAACUCGGAGUACUACACCAUAUGAACGAGAAGGCCAUAAAAACGAGCGAAGAGUCCAGGAAGGACCUUCACGGGAUGGAACGAGAGAUGUACCAGGCCAAACGGGCACGUGAUAUGCAAUUGAAUGAAACGCGGAAAGAAGUAGAGAGACGGAAGGAAACAUCGGAGCGUGCAGAAAAACGGGCCAAAGUCAAUCUGAUUGCCGAUACGACAGACACGAAGGCCGCCCGGCUACAACAGGAGAAGGCUGAGCGCCAGGAAAAGAUCCUUGAGCUGGAGAUAGGUUUCGAGAAGAUAAAAAGCGCUAUCAAUGUAUCUGACAUCGAUGACGUGGUGACGCGCGUGCUGAACCAGGGAGAUACAACUCAGCGGAUCAAGGCACAAGAGAAAGAAAAACUGAAGAACAAAAAAGAACUUCUGCGCGAGCAAGAAAAACUUAACAAACUUUUCGAGGAAAUAAAGUUCACCAGUGAACGACAACUCGCAAGAGCCAGACAGAUUCUAGACGAUAUCCAAGACGACCUGGCUGAGAAGGAGAAGACUCGAGAGAAGACAAACAAGAGCCUACAGGUCAGCGACAGCCUGCUGCUGGACAUCCAGUCCGGUAUCGCCACACUGAACGAGAAGCUCAAAGAUGUCAAGCUAAAGCCACCAUUCCACAACUUUACAACUGGCGACCCGGUGAAAGAUCUGCUUAAUUGUUCCCGAAAGUUGGACAAGUUACAGACCGAACUCGCGUUUCAAGAAGGAAUGGUGCCUCGGGUUGAUCAAAACAAGCUUCACGAAUUCCUGGAGAGUCGUCUGCCACCAUCCAACAUCCGGAUAAAGGUCGAUAUGGAUGACGGAAGUGACGAAGACGACUUCCACUUUGACCAUGACCAGGAAAACGAGGGUCUGUUGUCUCGUGAUGAUAUCAAGAGGCUUGGACAAGAGAUGCUCAAUUCCAAACUCAGGCCAAAGAAAAAGCGGUCUAAAAAGCGCGCCAAUUAGAAAACUAGCAGACGAUGACAGGGGAAAGCUUUGUGUGGUUAUGUUGUUUUUGGAAAGCACUUGAUAUUUUUUCCCCAUUCAUUGUCGAAAAUAAUGAAAAGUUUCUAAACUAUGGUGGCUCGUUAGGGCCAAGUAUCAAAUAUCGCAUUCUUGCACUAUCUCGCGUUUUCGCAUUCUCGCCGUCGAGUUUUCGCAUUCUUGUGUUUUCGCUCUUUUUUUUCUCGCGUUUUCGCUCCCUCGCCGUCGCGUUUUCGACCUAAGGUCGAGAGUGCGAGAAUGCGAGAUUUGAUACUUGGCCCUAACGAGCCACCAUACUAAACAUUCUUCUUUAGUUUUUUUUUGUUCAUUCUUAAACUUAAAACUUGUCUUUAUCUAUUUUCUUUAUUUUUUUCGCUUGUUUGUUUGUUUUUAAAUUGUUUACGUGUUUAUUUUUUGUUAAUUUUUAAACUUAAAACGUGUUUCUUUCUUUUUCGUUUGUUUUAACUGUUUACGUGUUUAUUUUUUGUUUGUGUGUUUUAUAUGUUUCAUAUGUGGAGAGUUAGAAUAUCUAGUGGGUAAGGAAUGUUUCUGUGUGUCUUUACGCUCCAGCUAACCUCAAUCCUAUGCCGUUCAUGUAUAAUUCAAUUAAGAAAACUGAACACUUUAAGUGUCGGCAUCAGCGUUCGAACAGAGGUCUUUGUGCUUGUUUCCAAUAGAAUAACUUAAAUUCCCCUCCAUGGACCCAUCGAGAGUGCAAAAGUCAGUGCCAUUCAAUAUUUGUACAAAAAAGAAUAUGUUUCUGCAUAAAAGUUUUAGAUCAUCUGGGCCGAUUUAAAUGCAUAGUACUGCCUUGCCGAAAAAAAAAAUGUUUACCGGACACAAGUUAAAAUCGAAUUAAUCUUCUGCCGCAAGGGAUUUACUUACAAUGCCAAAGGUCAAAGGUACCAUUACUAAACCAUCAGAUGCUUGUGUAAUACAUGAAGUGCCGUUACCAUUCUAUGAAUUAACUGAUGUCUACCCGAAUAACAAAUAACGGUAUGGUUCACUAUACCACGGCGUAUAUAUCCUCUGUUCUGGCCUUUUCCUCUAUUUUAUUUCCAGACAUACUAUUAUUUUUUUGCGGAUCAAUUCUAAACCAUUAGUAUUUUAUCUAUGCUUGCAAACUGAUACCAAUUUUACCUCUCAUGUCGUCAAAUUUUGAUAUGAGUGUAAUGGACUUGGAAAUUGCGACAGUAACCUUGACCUCAUUUAAAUUCGGAAGUGG